CAAAAUUUCUCUUUCAAUCGAAGCGAUCAUGAAUUUGAUGAACAAAAAUUCAUUAAGGUAGAACAACAACUUGCAUCGUUUUCACCUUUAUGAAUCUAAACUGAAAGAAAAGAAGACCUGAAUACUGAGCAAUACCCAAUUUCUCUUUAUCAAAUUAUUAGAGACAGUUUGUUGGAUCGGCCAAUCCAUAAGCGAUUGGACGAUGUCCAAGAAAUUGCGUCAAAAGAAGAUAAUCGGCAACUCAGGGAUCCUGAGCAGCAACGUCUCUGUUUCGCUUAUCUUUAUAAAUAUAUGAAGAAACACGCAGGAACAGAUGCAAUUUAUUUCAAGAACAGAAGCCUAGAUACGAAUAGCUUCGAAUUUGCUCUACGACAGUUUAUCAAGGUCAUUAAUCCAACGUUUCAACUUAGAAAGACAAAUCUAUUAGAAGAUGCUAUAAAAUUUCUAAGAAGUGUCAACUAUCCUUUUGUUGAUUCGAUAAAUCCUACAACUCUAACCCCCAUUGGAGCUAGGCAUAACUUACCUCAGCAACUUGGCAUAUUAAAAUGGCUAGCUGAAUUAUGCGAAAUUCUGCUGGAUGACACUGCCAAUGAAGGGGACGACUUGAAUGAGAUAGAUGUGUACUCUUUGAUUGAUCAUGGUAAACAAGCGGAAGUGAACGAAGAAGGAACACAAGAUCAAUAUAGAGAGGCAAAGACGGCUGCAGAUCUCCAGUCUUUAAAAACCUUAAUGCACUACAGUUUAAACACUUAUCAAUCUUUGUCAGACAAGAAAACUGAUCAUACUGUGGAAGACGCGUCAGUGAGCUCAAAAUUACAACAAAUACACAGCAGUAUACUCCAAGAAAAACAGGAUAUAAAUGCAUCUGUAAACGAAGUAGUUGAAGGGCUUCAAAGCCUUGAUGCGCGUCGUGAUAAAAUAGACGAAAUUAGCAGGUUCUAUCGAAUAUAUCAAGAAGAUUUAAAGAAAUAUGAGGCUAGCUUGGCAGCAAGAAGAGCAAAGCAAUCUAGGGACGAGGGUAUUUUACAACAGAUUGCUGCUGCACUAGAAGGUGCGCAAAAAAGAGUAGACGAUCUUCGAAAAGAGAAAGCACAAUUAUUGCAGGGAAUCAAAAGCACAAAUAUGACGGAAGAGGAGUCGAAGACACUGCUUGAACAAUCGCGUGAAGAGUAUAACAAAAGAGCUGCUGAUGAAGCUAAAAUACAGGAGAUUAAUACUCUAAUUGAAAGGAAGCUGAAACAAGUUGAUGAAUCUAACAAUCAAGUCAACAGUUUUUUGAAAGAGUUCGAGUUGAGAAUAUCUUCGACAAUCCCUUCAGUGUUUGAGGGGGAGGAUUUAUCAGUAGAUUUUGUUAAAGAUGAUUCCAUGACACCCAAAAUGAAAGUGAAAAAAUUAGAGGAUUCGGUUCAAACUAAAUUAAAAAGGCUAACUGAAAAUGCAAGGCUGAAUAAUGAGGAAAUUACCAGAAGAACAGGCGAAGUUAGAAACGCAUACAAUGAAUUAAUAGAACUGAUGGAAACGCAGAAGAAACAACUCAAACGCAAAAGACUGGAAUGGGAUCAAUUACGAGACCAAGUUCGUCAAGAACAAAAUGAACUUGACGAAGAAGUCAAACAUUAUAAUAAGCUGUUGGACGGAUUGAAAGAAAAGAUCGCAAAAUGUUGUAUGCGCAAAUUAGAAUAUGAUAAUCAAAAUUUUAUGAAACUCAAGUUAAAAGAGCAAGAACUGACUGGUUUGAAGGAACGACGAGAAAAAUUGGAAAUGGAGACAGAGGAAUUAGAAGUAUUGGCAAAAGAAACCGAGUCUUUUACUAAGGAACAGAAUAAAGAUGCUGAUGAUUUCUUUAAGCAAAUCAAAGAAGCGUGGGCCAGCAACGAAAGUGAGAAAGUACUAAUUCUAUACCACAACAUUACCACAUCCAAAUCCACUUAAGGGUUUUCUGUGUGAAUAUCUCAUAAAUAAAUUAGUGACGUUGCUUUCUCUUAUAAGAUUAAUAUUCUAAAAGUCAAUUAAG